AUGUCGGACCAGACGCUCGACGACGUGUUGAAGACCGAUAUCCCGUCAGAGCCGCCAGCGUUGCAUUCUCGCUUGCCGAUGUUUUCUUUCCCUCAGAUGACGAUAGGACUGGACCACGACGUCUCUGCUUUCCCAAUUUCCGGGCAGCAACACGCCGCCGAUGGUCGCAAGAACCCUUUGGAUGGCAAGAUCCCUUCGGAUCGUGAGAUCCCUCCGGAUUGCGAGCGACUGAAGUAG